AUGCCAGAAGGCCCAUCUGUGAAGAGUUUCCAGUUGCUGACUGCUCCUUUUGUGGGGCAGGUAGUGGCCAAGGUGGGAGGAAGCAGCAGGCAGAGAAACCUGAAGGAUCUGAAAGCAACGAGGCUCCAGGACUCUCAGGUUAGGUUGGUUCUGCACUUCGACAGCGGGGGCUUUCUCGUCUUUUACAACUGCCAGAUCCACUGGUGCACCUCUCCCGCUGUGGAACCUGCUUCUGACAUCCUGUCUCCCAAGUUCCAUAGGGGGCAGGCCUUGGCAGCCCUGCGCCAGCCGACAUCCAUCUGCUACACUCUUCUGGACCAGAGAUAUUUCUCCGGUCUGGGGAACAUCAUUAAGAACGAGAUCUUAUAUUUGGCAAGGAUCCACCCAUUAUCGCAAGGCUCGCUCUUGGCUCUCUCAGCUCUUGAAUCCUUGCUGGAUCAUGCUGUUCAGUUCAGCACAGACUGGCUGCAUAAGAAGCUGGCUGGAAAAGGAUUACACUAUCAGAUCUACCUGAAAGAAAAAUGUCCUCUUGGACAUAAGGUGAUGCAGGGAACUUUUGGACCCCAAGAUGGGUUUAAGAGGCUUAGCUGGUGGUGUCCUCAGUGCCAGCCUCGAGUACCUCCUGAAGGGAAUGACCCCAAAUCGCUUAAACACUGAGUGAACAAAUAUG